AUGAUUAUCAUCUAUCUACCACUUAUUCUGUUGAUAGCCUACUUUGUAUGGGAUCGCUACAUCAGAGUCAAACUUAGAAUAAAUUACUACGAGAAACAAGGCAUUCAGUUUCCUGGAGGUUUUGUCCCGUUUUUUGGUAGUUAUCCUAAACUUAUUAAAUUCAUCGAAGAACACAAGCCAAAACAAUAUCCAAUCAUAGAUUUCAUUAAUCACACAUAAGGAAGUAACCCGCCAACUUAUACAGGCAUGCUUAUUGCUAGAUAGCUGUGUUUGAUAAUCAACAGACAUGAACCAUUGUAGGAUCUCUUUAUUACAAAAAACAAAUAUUUCGACAAACAUCCAAACACAGGCUAACUGGUCGGUAAAACAUUAGGAGAUAGCACUCUUUUUCAAAAGUCUAAUGAGCUUUGGGCCAAGAAAAGAAAAUCUAUCUCAUCCUCCCUUUAUAAAUAAAAGCUGGUACAAAUGGUUGAGACUAUGAAAGAUAUUGCUUGUGAGACAAUGGCAGAGUGGGAAAAACAGGGAGAAUUGGACAUAGUUGCUGAGACAGCAAACAUGAUGAUGAAGAAUAUCUUGGCUUGUGUCUUUGGAAGAUAAAAUGAGAAUCCUUAAGUCUAAUACAAGGAAAAUGGAGAAAUCAAGCAGGUUAAACUUGGAUAAAGUAUUUAAUCGAAUAUUGGUAAGGGUAUUGAACGUGAGUUUUAACUGCAUCUUACUCUCUUUCCAGAGCUUUACCAUUUUUACUUCACAAAGUAAGAUAAGGAACUUGUUUUCAAUGUUGAUUAAGGCAAAGAUUACAUAAAAGCUUUGAUAAAGAGCAAGAGAGAAUAAUUUGCAAGGACUGGUAAGUACGAGGGAGACGACCUAUUAACAAUCCUACUCUAAGAUGAAUUAUUCUAAAAUGACGACUCAAUGCUUAUCGAUGAGUGUUUAACCUUCUUUGCAGCUGGCGCUUAAACCACUGCAGUAUCCAUCACUAAUUUCCUAUGCUAUAUGGCUUAGAAUUAAUAACAGGAGGAGAAAUUGAGAAACGAGUUGAAGUCUAUUCUUAAGUUCUUCGGCAAGGAAAAUAAAGAUCUUAUCAAUGAACUUAACAUGGAGAUAAUUGAGGACUUCAAUUAUUUGAAAUACUGCUUUUACGAAUCUUUGAGAAUAGAACCACCCAUUGUCGUAUCUUCAAGCUGUUAAGUGAAUGAAGAUAUGGAAAUGUCAGGCGUCACAAUUAAGAAAGAUGAGAUGCUGCUCAUCAAUAUUCAUUAGAUUCAUCAUAAUUCAGACUAAUGGGUUGAGAAUGAGCAAUACAUCCCUGAGAGAUUUGAUCCUAGUUCAAAGUACUAUCUUACUCCUGCAGGUACUCCUAGACAUCCAACUUCAUUUAUUCCUUUCAUUGGUGGAAAGAGAGUUUGUCUAGGAAAAACCUUUGCAGAGUAUGCUUUUAAGACAAUCGUACCCAUUAUGAUGAGUGGUCGAAGAUUCAGAUUUACAAAUGAUGAGCAUCUAACUUCAAAGCCUCACUACGAUGCUUUGAUGUUUAAGAAGCCAGAAAUUAGAAUGAGAUUAGAAAAAAUAUCAAAAUCAUACUGA